CUUUGGUGACGUCACAGUUGUUUAUUGAUCUGAAACAGCUGAUGGGUUCUUGGUCGGCUACAGUUCUACUAGGAUUAUUGUACCAUAGGUUCUAGGGAUGUAAUAGCGUUACCGUGCUAUGAACUGUCUUUAUUAUUUUGUAAUAUUUUAAGUUUUAUGGUUAUAUCUUGAUGAUGGAGGUUGUUGGAGAGUAUAAAUAUUACGCCAAAGACCUCAUAGGGCAUGGAGCAUUUGCUGUCGUAUAUAGGGGAAGAGCAAUUAAUAAUCCAAGGAAGGUAGUUGCAAUUAAAAAUAUUACUAAGAAAAAUUUAGCAAAGUCAAAAGAUCUUCUAGACAAAGAAAUCGAUAUUUUACAGGAGUUAACUAAACUUCAACAUGAAAAUGUUGUGGCCCUUUAUGCAGUUGAGGAUCGAAACCAUGUUGUGUUUCUUAUUAUGGAAUACUGUAAUGGUGGUGAUCUUGCUGAUUAUCUGCAGAGUGAAAAAGACAAACAUUCUAUAUCAAAGCCUUCGUACAGGGGCCCCAGGGAAGGAACGACUAAAAGUAAAGGCACACUGAGCGAAGACACAAUAAGAAUGUUUUUGAAACAAAUAGCUGCGGCAAUGAAGGCCCUCCAUGCCAUGGGUGUGAUCCACCGUGAUCUGAAGCCACAGAAUAUUCUUCUAUCAUAUAACGUCCCUAGAGAAAAUCUUACUCCCUCUAUGAUUACACUAAAAAUAGCUGAUUUUGGGUUCGCAAGGUUUCUUGAGGAUGGUGUGAUGGCAGCAACAUUGUGUGGUUCUCCUAUGUACAUGGCUCCAGAAGUAAUAAUGUCGCUUCAAUAUGAUGCUAAAGUUGAUCUUUGGAGUAUUGGAACAAUAAUAUUUCAAUGUCUUACUGGAUCGGCUCCUUUCAAUGCUCAGAACCCUCAGGCUCUUAAGAGGAUUUAUGAAAAAAAUCUUGUCCUCAAACCAGACAUCCCAUCUGGUACAUCUUCAGAGAUGGCUGAUCUUUUGACCGGACUGCUCAAACGGAAUGCUUCUGAGAGGAUGAGCUUUGAACAAUUUUUUUCUCAUCCAUUCUUGCACCCACCAAGAACUCCACAGCCUAUCGAGCAAGUUCCAAGCCCCCUUUCCUGCAGUCCUGCUCCUGAUCCAGGUUUUCCAGCUAGUACGUCUCCUGAUGAUUUUGAUGAUUUUGUUAUGGUCCCGUCCAAUCUUCCAACAGAUAAACAUGCACCUAAUUACAUGGGAAUUAGCCCGCCAAGACCAAGCUCUCUUCCUAUCUCAGUGCCGACGCGUUCAGGUCCUGUUGUGCAAGCACAUCAUUCACCUGUUCAAAAGAAAGAACCUGAUGAGAAAAAGGAAAACAGUGGUAGCUCAGUUCCUAGAUCUCAGCCGAUCAACAUGGAAAGGACCGCAAAUAGAGUUUCACCACCAGAUAUCAGUUCUUUGUCACCACCUUCUAUCCAGUAUGCUCUUGGCACUCCUCCAGGAAUGAAAGGGUUUGCUGAGACGCCACCGCCAGUAAACACUUGGACAGUUUCACCCUCCAAUUCUCCUCUCAGAAAAUCAAUGAUGAAUUCCCCAUUAUUGUGUGGAGCAUUUGCAUCCCUUAACACAAACAAGCUACCAUUAGUUCCAUUUAGUAAACCCAUUACUGAAAAUAAUCUAGAUUUCACAGAACUUGAAUCUCCUGUGACUUUUGUUUUACCAGAAUUACCUCAAGAAACAUUAUUGGAGAGAGAACACAAUGAGACUUUAGCUAAACUUAACUUUGUGCUUGCGUUAAGCGAGUGCAUUACGGAUGUAGCCUCCUCGAGGGGCCGAGUGGAGCGGCUCGUGCUGCUGGUGCGGGCUUUACAGCUGCUCAGCUCAGCAUUAACCCUUGGCACACAGCAACUUAGAAAUGGCAGGCUCCAACCGUCCUCAUCUGUUAAGACAGUUGUAGGUUUAUUGAACUCCAAAUUUAGGCAAUGUCUGUCUGAAUGCAAGCAACUCAAUUCUCCUGGCCUGCUGCAAAGUGCUUCAGCUUCUGCUGAUCAGAUUUUGUACAACCAUGCUAUCCAUAUGUGCCAGUCAGCUGCCUUGGAUGAACUGUUUGGGAACCCAGCCGAGUGCUUCCAAAGGUACCAAACUGCUCAGAUCCUUCUUCAUGCUCUUGCCCAGCAGACCCCCAACACCCAGGACAAAAUGCUCCUUAACAAAUAUAAAGAUGCAGUUGAAAAGAGACUUAAUGUACUACAAGAACAGGGAUACAUAUAUUCAAAUACUACUAAUAACAUUUAGUUAUCCUUUACAAUUUUCACAUUUAGUGAAAAUUUUUUUGGAUGAAGUUGUUUACUUCUGCGGCUCAAAAACACUAUAUAUUGAAAAGAAAAGAAGAAAAGGUGAUUUGGCAUUUUAUAUGAAGUGCUGAGGGAAGGGGAAGGCGAGAGAGAGAGGGAUUUCAGCAAUGAUUUUAUAUGAAACUAAAGGAUUCGAAAUUGCUGGAUAUCACUCGAAAAUGUCUGAUUCAACAUUUGAUUCCUUUGUGCUCUCACUCGGGUCUCUUGGUUAUAACUUAAGGAUCUCACCGUGUUAUUUGUAGUUUUACAGAUAAAAUGUGAAAGUAUACGGAGGUUAUUUCUUUUUCCAACAUGGUUACAUUCUAUUUGAUUUAGUUUGUUUGUUGUUUGAAACUUGGUGGUAAGUGUGGUCUUCCGAAACUUAUAUUCUAACUUUUCUUACUGAAAAUUGAAAUUUAUGUAAAUAUGUUAAUUUUAAUUACUAUCUUUGAUGCUCAUGUAAUUUUUUAAGAUUGAUUACUUAUGAUAUAAAGAAUGGAAUUUGGAAUUAGAAUAAUCUAGAUUUUUUUUAUUAUUAUGAAAUCUGGGCUAUUUUAUUCAUUUCACUACUACAAAUCGUUUAUACUGAAAAAAAAAUUAUAUUUAUAGCCUGUACUUUUGUUCCUUAUUAUUGUAGAUAUUACUUUAACCAAGUAUAGCUACAUAGUUUUAUUUUUUUUGACUGAUUGAGUUACAAAUUGAUGAUCCAAGAAGCAGACAGUUGGAAAUGGAUUUCACUGUUAUGGUUAAUCAGUAUAUUAACAAAAACAUUUCUAUGUAACAUGAUGAAUAUCCAUUGUUCUAUUUUUUCAUAUAUAUAAUAUUUUAUAUGAGUUAAAUAAUUAUAAAUAAUUAUGAUAUGAAGAAAAGAAUUUGUUAAAGAAAUAUUGUGAAUUGUAUUAUUCUUUUUUUUUAUACAUUCAUUUGGAAGUUUGCAUGUUUGUUAUUGGAUAAUGAUGUUUAUGGUUUGUUAACCAAAAUUAUAAAUUAAUUUUUUUAAGUAAUAACUUGUAUUCUCAAUGAUUUCUUUUUAUUGAAAGUAUAUACGCAAACAAAUAUUAUUGAUUGUAGAGGUAUUAUCAUUUCAUAUUUCUGUUCCUUAUAGAUAUAGGGCAAUAAGUCCAUUUUUCGCUAACUUAGCAUUAUUACAUAUUUUUAUUUAACUGCUUUGGCUUUUGUUCUAUUAAAAAUACUAGUAAUAUUUUCAAUGCAAUAAUAUCUCCAAAGAAAUUAUGAUAUAUAAAAAUAAUUGAAAGUGUCUCAAUGUUUUAUGAUAAAAACAAUUAUAAUUUUAUUAUUUACAUGUUUAGUGCAACUCUUUUUAAAAAGUUCCUUAAUAUGUGCAAACGUCAAGAUUUGCGUAUAAACUUUUUAUGUUAUUUUUAUUAAAUUAAGAAUAUAAGGUAUCAUCAAAAUAAUGGACAAUAAUACUUUUUUUCCCCCCCCCCCCCACCUUUAUGUUAAGAAUUUCAUUUAUGAUGUGGUAAUAUACAGAUUUUUACUUUUGUUAAUUUUGAACUUAAAGGAAAUUUGAUCAAGAGAUAUGUAAAACUGGCAUAUUUUAUUUUCAAUCCCAAAGAUUGAAAAACUGUAUCAUGAUAUUUUUGAACAUAUUUUAGUGCUUGUAAACAAGUUUAUGGCAGCUUUUUAGUGGCAGUUUUCAAGGCUUAAUAUUUGUUAAGAAAUAUUUUCUAAGCAGAAAAAGUUAAGAUACGGUAAGUUAUGAACCGAACUCAAUAUGCGUUCAACGACCAAAUUAUUAUCCAAAUGGUAUGACGGUUUUAUGAAAAUAUCAAAAGCAUACUUCUGUAAAAGUUAAUAUGUAUAGGUAUAUACAUAUAUAAUUAAUAACAGUUUUGAUUAUUAAUUAUUUUAACUAGAUAAGUAUUUAUAAAAAUCUGAUUGGUUUUCAAUUAAUUAAUUAUACUUUAAUUACUUCACUUGACUAUAUAUUAAUUAAAUUGAUUAAUUAAUAUAUAUUUAGUGACUAAGACAUUUGAUGAUGAAUAAAAUCUACAUAGUGCUUUUUCAGCAGAACUACUAUUUUAUCUGCGAUUAGUUCUGAAAGUAAUAAAUUAAUGAAUAAAACUAAUAAGUGGUUACUAAAUUUACCCAAAAUUGUUAUUUGGGUGGUGUGAGACUGAGAUUUAAAUUUUUACUUAUACUUGCAUCUGCUGUAUAGUUUUAUAUCAAGUUUCAAGAACAUAGAAAUAGUGCAAUAUGACAACUGCAUUAAUUUCUAACCUAUUUUUAUUUAAUUUAAAUGCCAUUAAUCUUUUACAUAAAUGUUGGAAUAAUGAUAUUGACUUAAUUGUAAUAAAUUUCAACCUAAUAGAGCUUGGUGAUAUAACAUUUUCAAUGGAAUCUGAUUUAAUAAUUAUUAUUAAAUGAUAAGUUGUUUUCUGGAUCAAUAAUUAUCCAAAGAAUAUCUUUAAAAUAAUUUUGUUUUUGUGGCUUAAAAUGUACAUAUUUGUAAUAUAUAUUUUUACUAAUUUGAGUAUAAAAACUGUUUUAAAAAAUCAUUUAAUUAAGUGAGGGAUUUACCUAGUUGAAAAUCUAAGAAUAAGUGCUGAGUUUUAUAUAAGUCAAUCGAUGAGGCUUGUAAUCUAAUGUGCAUUUGGAAGUGUAUAAGUUUUGUUGAUAUAUUUCAAUUCACUAACGAUGGUACAAUUGUUAGUUUCUAUUUUCGUAAAUAUUAAAUUGAUGCAUAAUAAACAAAGCUUAACUGUAGGGGAAGGUUAUCGUGAAGUUCAGUUCAUAAAAAUGCAUUUGUUUUCAAAAUACUGUUCUUGUUAUAAAAAUUGAUUUUUUCUUUGUUUCUCUACCGACUUCUCACCUCUUAAUUUUGGAAUUCAUUAUUUAUCUGUAUAUCUAUGCCCUUAGAUAAUUUUUUUUAUUUUUAUUUUCAACAUUCUGUUACCUCAGAUAUGAACUGUGAAAGUAUAUUGGAAAAAAUGUAUUUUUUUUUUUUAAACGACAGUUUAUAUAACAAAAGUCUUCUUUGUGUUAAAUUAAAGACUUUUACACUAAUUUGGUUAAUAUUUACUUUUUAUAUGAGUGACUUUAAAAAAAGAAAUCUACUCCUAAAAAAAUUGUUCAGUUGGGAAAGGCAUCUACUUUCACUUGAAUAUUUUUUUAUCAUAUAGUAUCUGCAAUAAAUAUUACAAAUGCAAUCAAUUUAAUAAAAAUAAUGCUUAAUUAUUUUAGUAUUGCU